AUGCAAUUUGAUUGGAGCUUAAAUAUUGAUAUCGAGUUCGAUAUCAUUGUCGUCCUCGCCCUCGUGGCCAUCGCCGCCGCCGCACCUGCUGAGUACGAGCCACCAAAGAUCCUGCGGUCUACCUUCGAGCAAAACAACGAGGGAGGCUACGCUUACUCUUACGAAAGUGAAAAUGGAAUUCAACGAGAAGAGAAAGGUGAUAUUAAAGAGGUCUUCGAUGAAGAGAAGAAGCCCCACCCAGUGAUUGUUGUUCGUGGAUUUUACUCUUACGUGAACAGCGAAGGCAAACCCGAAACCGUUAAUUACUAUGCUGACGAGACCGGCUACCACGCCGAGGGUGAUUCCAUCCCCAAACCCCAAUCCAGGAAA